CUGCGAAGCCAUGCUUGGGCAGCAGUGAUAGUGCCCAAGGGGCCUGGGCGGCCCCAGAUGCUGAGGAGGACAGCAGAGGACUGGAGACCACACUGAGGUGGACCUCCUCCACCCCAGAAACUGCAGAGUGUGCACUGAGAAGCCAAAGCCACGCAGCCGUCCAGUGGGCUCUGCCAGCCGCCCAGAGCCACCGGGAGCAGGUGAAAGGCACCUGCCAGCCGGGCGGUUCCUGGAAGCCAGCUGCUGCAGAGCAAACUGCCCCAGAGGGAUAGAGUGUCGACAGGGGCGGGGCCGAGCCUCAGCUUCUCCUCCCUGGGUCCUCCCUCAGCCUGAAGCCCCGGAGGGCCACUGGCCAGGUGAGGCCCCGUGCGCCUUUCCGGAGAUCAGCCUUGCCCCCACCUGAGGCUCGGCCUCCAGUGGGGGCCACAUGGCCUCUGUGAAUGACCAGCCAGGCUUCCCUAGAGGAGGCUAGGCCUACCAGGCCUGGGCCAAAGAGCUUCCUUGUCACAGAGAUGAGGAGCACUUCAGAGUUUCUGAAAACAGCCGGAGCGCCCCUGGUGUCGGCGACCUGGCUUCCGCGCAGCCCCCCUCCGGCCAUGCCCACGGUGGCGGCCGGGCCACAGAUGGAGCGCGUGGACAACGGCUCGCAGGGGGGACCCCAGCUCUUCCUCACCAGCGCGCUGGCCAGAGGCGUGUCAGGCGUGUUUGUGUGGACUGCUCUGCUGCUAACCUGCCACCAGAUCUACUCCCACCUCCGCUCCUACACCGUCCCGCAAGAGCAGCGCUUCGUCAUCCGCCUGCUGUUCAUUGUGCCCGUCUACGCCUUCGACUCCUGGCUCAGCCUCCUCCUCCUCGGGGGCCACCCUUACUACGUAUACUUCGACUCUGUGCGAGACUGCUACGAAGCAUUUGUCAUCUACAGUUUCCUGACUUUGUGCUUCCAGUAUCUGGGGGGCGAGAGCGCCAUCAUGGCUGAGAUCCGAGGCAAACCUAUCAGGUCCAGCUGCUUCUACGGGACCUGCUGCCUCCGGCGCAUGUCCUACUCCAUCACCUUCUUACGUUUCUGCAAACAGGCCACACUGCAGUUCUGCAUCGUGAAACCUGUCAUGGCUUUGAUCACCAUCAUCCUCCAGGCUUUUGACAAAUAUCAUGAUGGAGAUUUCAACGUCCGCAGCGGCUACCUGUACGUGACCCUCGUGUACAACGCCUCCGUGAGCCUGGCCCUCUACGCUCUGUUCCUCUUCUACUUUGCCACCAGGGACCUCCUGAGACCCUUCGAGCCAGUGCUCAAGUUUCUCACCAUCAAAGCCAUCAUCUUCCUCUCCUUCUGGCAGGGAAUGCUGCUGGCUAUCUUGGAGAGGUGUGGGGUCAUCCCCGAGGUCCAGGCCGUGGACGGCACCAGGGUGGGCGCCGGCACCCUGGCCGCUGGCUACCAGAAUUUCCUCAUCUGUAUCGAGAUGCUGUUUGCCUCACUUGCCCUGCGCCAUGCCUUCCCCAGCCAGGUGUACUCGGAGAAGAAGAACUCUCCAGCCCCACCAGCACCGAUGCAAAGCAUUUCCAGCGGCUUAAAGGAGACCAUCAGCCCACAGGACAUUGUCCAGGACGCCAUCCACAACUUCUCGCCAGCCUACCAGCAGUACACGCAGCAGUCUACACAUGAAACUCCUGGGCCGGGCCAGGGUGGGCACCCAGCACCCAGCACCCACCCUGGCCCAGCCAGUGGCUCCGGAGUGGGUAAGAGGAGCCGCAACAUAGAGAAACGUAUGCUGAUUCCCUCCGAGGACCUGUAGGGGUGGGGUAUGCGGAGCCUGGCUGGGCACCCAGCAUUCUUUGGUUUCUGGGGCGGUAACAGGGUCCUCACCUACCAGCAGCUCUUGACGGAGGCCCCGCCCCUUCUGAGAGCCUCACUGUGGGACUCACGGGGCCUCUUCUAUUUAUUCCAUGUAGUGCCCAGGGGGAAGCCACCUGGGCAAAUUGGACAAACCCAAGGACCCAGUGGGAUGUCUUAGUUACAGCCUGCAGGUGGAGCUGAGAGUUGGCCAUUCCUUCCAUGGGCAGGAGAGACGGAUGGUUAAAUUCCAGGCUGAGCAUCCCUCUGUAGAGAGGUGGCCAGGGAGAAUGGGUCCAGUCAGCCAGGGCUGGGGAGCCUCAUAGCCUGGGCCCGGCUGUGGCCAUCUUGGGUGCGUGGAGAAGGCCCCUUGCCCCACAUUCUAGCACAAUGCUUGGCGAGGCCUUUUCAAGGGCAGCCUAGCCUAUUUAGCACAACAGGGUUGUCAGUGCACCAGCCUGCCAGCUACUAGCUGCUUAUUUAUAGAUAAACACCUUGCAUUUUCUA